CCGUCUCCUCUUUCUCACUGAACGCUCCGCACGUGCCACUGCUUUUAUCCACACAUGGCGGCGACCUCGCCAGCGCCGAUGAGGGCCGUCGCCGCCGCGUUUACCCCGCCUCCGUUAUCUCAGAGGAUCACCCGUAUCUCUACCGUGUCUGCCCUCCGCGUUCACCAAUGCCACGCAGCUCACCGGUGGCGCCCUGCACAGUGCCGCGGGAAGCCGACCGUGAGUGGCGUGGUCGAGGACGACGAUGAGGAUACUUCGCGGGAGGCUUUAAAUCCUGAGGAAAAAGAGGAGGAGUCUGCAGGCGCGGGGAGCUGGGGGCUGGGGUGGUUCAGGCUUGAUGAGGUUGGGAUGGACAUCCUGGGCAUCGCCGUGCCCGCCGUGCUUGCACUCGCCGCCGACCCCGUCACGGCGCUCGUUGACACCGCCUUCGUCGGACAUAUCGGCUCGGUUGAACUUGCUGCCGUUGGUGUAUCUAUAUCUGUUUUCAACCUGGUGUCCAAGCUGUUUAAUGUGCCACUGCUCAAUGUCACCACAUCCUUUGUUGCUGAGCAGCAAGCAGUGGAUGCCAAGUAUAGCGGCGUAGGAGAAAGAGAUGAAGUGUCGAGUACACGAGAGCAGGCGAGUGAAAAAAGGAAGUUUCUCCCAGCGGUGUCAACAUCCUUGGCUUUAGCUGCUGGAAUCGGGUUGAUGGAAAUGGCGGCACUUAUUAUUGGAUCUGGCACACUAAUGGACAUCGUUGGUAUACCUGUCGAUUCACCGAUGCGAGCACCGGCAGAACAGUUUCUUACUUUAAGGGCAUAUGGUGCUCCGCCAGUCGUAGUAGCACUUGCAGCACAAGGUGCAUUUCGGGGUUUCAUGGAUACAAAGACACCUUUGUAUGCUGUGGUUGCUGGCAACCUAGUAAAUGCAAUACUGGAUGCCAUAUUUAUCUUCCCACUUGGUCUAGGUGUAAGUGGCGCUGCAUUGGCAACUGUAACUUCUGAGUACUUGGCGGCAAUCAUCCUCCUAUGGAAGCUGAAUAACGAACUAGUCCUGUUUUCAUGGAAUGUCAUUGGCGGUGACAUCAUCCGCUACCUGAAAUCUGGUGCUUUGCUAAUUGCCAGGACCAUCGCAGUAAUCCUUCCAUUAUGGCUGUCGACAUCCCUCGCCGCAAGACAAGGGCCUGUUCCAAUGGCUGGCUAUGAGAUAAGCUUGCAAGUCUGGCUAACAAUUUCUCUACUUAAUGAUGCACUGGCUCUUGCUGGUCAGGCUCUGCUUGCGAGUGAAUAUGCGAAAGGGAACUACAAGCAGGCCCGCUUGGUUUUGUACAGGGUUCUGCAGAUUGGAGGCAUCACUGGUCUUGCACUUGCUGCAACCUUGUUCCUUGGGUUUGGAUAUUUGACCUUGCUGUUUACAGAUGAUCCAGCAGUUCUAGAUGUUGCGCAGUCUGGAGUCUGGUUUGUCACUAUUACUCAGCCGAUAAAUGCUAUUGCUUUUGUGUUCGAUGGGCUCUACUACGGUGUUUCUGACUUCGGCUAUGCCGCAUACUCUACGCUUUUCGCGGGGGUCGUCGCCUCAGCCUUCCUCCUUGUCGUUGCUCCCAACUUUGGUCUUGGUGGUGUAUGGGCUGGUCUUACUCUCUUUAUGGGUCUGCGAGCAGUUGCUGGGUUCUGGAGGUUAGGGAGCAAAGGUGGACCAUGGGAAAUAGUCUGGUCAAAGACUGAUUAAUAUACCAAGAAUACGUAGGAAGCAUUUUGAGGCAAUCACAGCGCAACAUUUUAAGGUCAGUCAUAGUGCAUGACCGUGGAUGUUGAAUGGAUCGAUCUCAAACAGCGCAACAUUUUAAGGUAAUCGCACAAGGAUCAGCAGAAGGAAGAAAACCUAGGCGGAUGGCAAGUGAGGUCAGUCAUUUGUAACACAAGAAGAGGGACUGUUUUAUCUCAAAAGGAGAAGAGACGAAGAGGGACUGCUUCUGCAGUAGGACAGACGAGAGGCUGCAGAAGGUGGGUAGGUGUUCCCUCUUGCUGUGUCUGCUGCAGGAUAUUGUUUCACCCUUCAACUGUACAAGGAAGCUGUGUACAGAAGUACUAGAUACACAAAGGCCUCCCAUGUAUUUUUCUUCCUUUGUGCCAUGUAGGAGUGAAUCUGCCAUAUUUUCUUCAGAUAUGCAAGUGCACAGAUGAUGGGGGUAGUGGUCAUUCUCUGUCAUUACUCUUGAGUAUGUACUAUUUCGAGUAUUAUGAUUUCCUUUGGAGCUUCCAAGAGAACCACUUAUUAUUUA